AUGGACUUGCCGACACGUGUCGUGUGUGCUCUGCUCCUGCUGGCCCUGCUGCUGGCAGUGACUCCCUGCCCAGGAGAGUCCAAGGAGCUCUGCCCGCACCCCUGCCGCUGCCAGAGGCGUGGACUGCUGGACUGCCGCCACGCCGGCCUGGCCACCGUGCCCCCGGCCACCCGCCGACGGGCCCUCACCGUCCUAGAUUUCACUGGCAACUCCAUUGCUACUUUGGAUGAACAAGCAUGGAAGGAAUACCCCUGGACUGAGACUCUAGUCCUCAGGGACAAUGAGCUGCAGGCAGUGAAGAGCCAUUCCCUGGAGGGGCUGUUCCUGCUGAAGCACCUGGACUUGUCUGCCAAUAGGAUCCUGUUGAUUGAGGAAGGUGCUUUUGAGCCACUGCCUUUCCUGAGGCUUCUAAACCUCAGUGGGAAUGGCCUCACACAGAUCCACAGCAGCACUUUCCAGGCAUGGCACGGGAUGCAGUUUCUAGAGGAGCUGAUCCUAAGCCACAACCCCCUGACCGUGAUUGCUGACCCAGCAUUCUUCAAGCUGCCUUCACUCAACUAUCUGGACCUGAGUGCAACUCAAGUGACUCCGCAGACGUUGCUGCUGCUCCUGCAGACAAUAGUGCACUUGGAAACCCUCAAACUGCCCAAGGAUGUGGCCUGCUGCCUCUGCCAGGAGCAUGCCAGCACCGAGACCCCGUGCAGGACCAUCCAGUUCCUCUGCGAGAACCUGUGCAGCAGCAGCAGUGCCCAGUGUGCUGCUCACACAGGUCCUGUGGCACAGACACAGGGAGAAGUAAUGGAAGUGGAGCCCUCUGGAAAAGCAAAGAGCAGCCCAGUCUUGAACCUCAGGGCCAAGCAGCCUUUGCUGGGAGACCAUGGAACUGUAACUCUUGGGGUUGCCCUGACCCUGAGCAGCACUGAGGGGGAUGUCAGCAGCCUCAAGGAUUCCAGAUCAGAUUCAUAUCCCCCUGAGCACCUCUCCAGGCAGGAAGGCAAAACAGCUGAUGAUGAGCUGAUGGUUGAGCUCAGGAAUAAUCUGCACAAGGCAGAAGAGGAGGAGGAAGCACCAUCUUUAAUGCAGAACUAUGGGUGGACUCAGAAAGAGCACAAUAAGAAGGCCAGCCAGCAAAAGCAGCGGGACUCCCAUUUGAACUGGCAGUCAUUAAACCCCUGGGAUGGAGCUGGUGGGUUAAACCCCACUGAUGAAGACUCCGUCUCUGGACACCACAAAGGUGUGGAUGUAGCUCUGUCUCCAAGGCAGAACUACAUUUGGAACAAGAGAGAGCACAAGAAGACCAACAGCCAGUAUUGGGUUGGCCAAAAUCCGCUUUUCUCUCAAGCAUUGGGCCCUGCCAAAGCCCAGGGAGAGCCCACAGGCAGAGAAAGCAAAGCCCAGCAGGGUCUAAACAGGAACCUGGAUUUUCUGUCUGACCCACUGGUUAACAACGGCCCCGCUGCAAUCAGCAGGGUAGAGGACAGGGCUGAAGGAGAGCCUUCCUCUCGAGGUGGGCACUUCCCCCUCCUGCCUGACACCAUGGAGACAGCCUGGAAGCAAGAAGAGGAAGAGUUCAGGUCCCUCAACAAGCCAGGUAGCCCUGAGGGGCCAGACGUUUUACCGGUUCCAGAAGAUGUCUUUGAAAUCACAGGCUACCAUCACCUGGUGCCGGAUGAAGGCCUGCAGAUAUUCCUUGCCCAUGUAGAACAAGCCCUGAGGAAGGACUGCAGCCUGCCCAGGCUGCAGCUGGCCUGUGCCAAGAUAGUCUCCAAGACUGAGCUGCUUCUAAGUCUGCUCAGCAAGAGACAAGAGAACGAGGGAGCCUCUGCUUUCAUGGGCCAGUGCCCAAUAGAUGAGAACAUCUCCAGACGCACAGCCUUGGAGAAGGGCAAGAAACACAGAGGGAAGAAGAAACCAGAGGCCUUGGAUGACACAAUCACACUGGUGGUGUUGCUGUCUGUCCUCGCUGUCAUUUCUCUGACAGUGAUGUGUGUCCUUAAGCUCUGCUCCCGACCCUGUGCAGUGUUUUGCCGAUGCCUGUGCACUGUGUGGAGAAGUUUCCUUGUAAUUCUGCGACGGAGGUGGAGGAAGAACAAGUACAAGAAGUUAGAGGAUGUAGAGGGCUUUCCUGAGCUCAGCGAGGGGGAUUUGCUGCUGGCUCAAUACAUCAUGGAUGAGCUUGAUAAACAGGAAGAAGAAUCCCAGAAAGAGAGAGAGCAGGGGAACACAGAUGCCUCCCAGAAAGAGACUGAAUGUGAAGAACUUCACCUGCAAGAAGGUGGAGAAGAAGUGGAUGAAACUUGAGGAAAUGCCUUUGCCCAGCCCCAAGAUGCUCCUGCCCGGACGCUGCCCUGCCUCCAGCACCCCAAAAUCUGGGCCACUGACUCCGUGACCCCUCUCUGCAGAGAGGAUGCUGCAGGCGGCUGCCGUGCUCAGGACACCCUGAGGAGCCUCCCUGGGACCUGGGAAUGGGGGAGGGGGUGGGAUGCCCUGGGACCCUCCAAGCUUCUCCCUGGGGUCUGGGAACAGGGGGGUGGGAAGAGGGAGGUGGGAUGGGUUAGGACCCCCAUAGCUACUCCCUGGGGACCUGGGAACAGGGGGGUGGGAUGCCCUGGGCCCUCCAAAGCUCCUCCUUAGGGAAUAGGAAGGGGUGAUCCAGGCAGCCCCAGGUGUCCUGAGCAGCCGCUGCCGCCGCGCAGGCUCCGGAGCGCGCAGCCUUGCCAGGGCUGCAAUGUCCAGGGGGUCAGCUCGUGUGGCAGGGUCCCUUCCCACAGCCCCUUUUUGUCCAGCUGGUUUGUCUUUACGAAUACAUCUCAUUUUCUGCAGCCAGAGUGUCCUGUGAGACGGGGGAAGCGCCUGUGUGUGUGUGUGGCUGUUCCCGUGUGUGUGUGGGAGGGAGGCUGUGCUCGGGUGUCCAGUGCCAGCAGUGGGACUGUGGUUUGAACUGGCAAGCACUGAACCCCUGGGAUGGAGCUGGUGGGUUAAACCCCACUCUGACAACUCAGUUUUUGAACAGCACGAAGAUAAGGAGGAAUGAUCAGCUCCAAGGGAUUUGUUAUCAAAUACACCCCCCCAACCCCUCAGCCUCAUGAUUUGGUGAGCUUGGUGCCUCUUCCCAUUGCUUGUCCUGCCUCUGAGUUUCGUUCGUCACACCACGCUACAGAAUUUUAUUUAUUUUAAUGAAAAACAUGUUUGAAAUGAAAAAGAUUCUUUGUUUUACAUAAUGAUAAUGCUCCAAUUACUUAUAGUUGGGGUUCAACACCUCUGGCUCACUUGGCACAAAAGUCUGAACACAUUACUACAAGACUUAGGCUUAUUUCUUUAAAACAAUUUUCACUUAGAGAAAUACUUUUCCUGUGCCUGUGCAAAAGACUGUCAGUCCCACAGCUACUCCUGCUGGUAAGACGCCUUCCACUUCCAGCUUUUUCCCAUGGAUUCGAGAGACUCUGAGCCGUAUGUGGGUUCCUGCAGGGAGGGCUCAUUCCUUUUGUUGUUCUGGAAUUGCUGCACACACCUGCUAUUCUGUCUAAAUACUCGUGCAGCUCCACUGGUUCCAGAUAUAGAUGACCUCAAUAAGUUGACAGGAAAACAAUUUUUCUCCAAAGCCAGCAUAUAUUUGGGGUCUUAAUUUUAGCAACAUUAGGUUUAUUGCUCAUUUCUUUCAUUGUUACAUAUCUGGAAGAAAAGCAAAUGUUGUUUAUGACGCACGUGGUGUCUCAUGGAGUUCAAAUUUCAUCCCUAAUCAAACACUGCAAAACUUUUGGAAACGAUGUGAAGACAGAGCUGCUCUAAUUCAGUGGCAUCAUCAAAACUGAGAUCAGACAAAACUUCUUUGAGCUCCAACUGUUCCCAAGACAAUUCAUUGACCUGCAAAGAGAAAUCAAGGGCAAAUUUCCCUCCCUAAAACAAAUUUUAUCUUCAUCCCUCUGCACCUGGAAACAUAUUUUUACCACAUACAAGGGGCAGUCUCCCUGAAAUUCACCACUCAGGAACAUUUCUGCUUUGGAAAGGUUGACU